GCUUUGCACGGUUCUGGGGUUGGUCUGAAUCAAAGGGCUCGGCUCAGUGCUGUGGCUUCAUCCGUGAAAUGUAAGCUGCAGGGAACUGCUCAUCUACCUGCGUUCUCAAUGGACGGUGACUAUGUGAUUGGGGGUGUUUUCUCAAUACACAACUACAUGUACGCCGAGAGACAUGACUUCUCCACUAUGCCCGAACCACUAAGGUGCACAGGGAGCAUUGACUCCCGUGAACUGCGCUUCUCACGCUCAAUGGCCUUCGCCAUCGAGGAGAUCAAUGACAGCACAAAUCUGCUGCCGGGCAUCAGGCUCGGUUAUCAGAUCUACGACUCCUGCGCCUCGGUGCCCAUGGCGGUGCAUUUGGCAUUCCAGCUUUCAAAUGGCCUCGACCCGGAAUUUAACACCAACAACAACUGCUCACAAUCUGGUAUGGUGAUGGCCGUCGUUGGUGAGUCUGGUUCCACGCCAUCCAUCAGCAUGUCGCGCGUCUUUGGGCCUUUUAAUAUUCCUCAAGUGAGCCACUAUGCCACUUGUGCCUGCUUGUCCAAUAAGCAGCAGUACCCAAGUUUCUUUAGAACAAUCCCCAGUGACCAGUUCCAGGCUAAUGCGCUGGCCAGACUGGUGAAACACUUUGGCUGGACUUGGAUAGGUGCUGUCCGCUCGGAUUCGGAUUAUGGCAAUAACGGCAUGGCAUCUUUCUUGGAUGCAGCCAACAAGGAGGGGAUCUGUGUGGAAUACUCCGAAGCUUUCUAUCGAACCCACCCACGCAGCAAGAUCCAGAGAGUGGCUGAUGUUAUCCGCAGGUCAACAGCUGUGGUUGUUGUGGCAUUUGCAGCCCCUGGAGAUAUGAGGAUCCUUUUGGAAGAGCUGUCGCGGGAGCCUUCCCCUCCUCGCCAGUGGAUAGGCAGUGAGGCCUGGGUAACCGACCCAGGAAUGCUGAGGUUCAACUUCUGUGCCGGAGCCAUUGGAUUUGGCAUCCAGCAGUCUGUCAUCCCCGGUCUAAGAGACUUCCUGCUGGAUCUGUCUCCAACUAAAGUGGCUGCGUCCCCAGUGCUGACGGAGUUCUGGGAGACUGAAUUCAACUGCAGGUUGGGCAAAAGUGCAGGCACAGGCAAGAGUUUGUGUGAUGGAACUGAGGACAUACAGACACUACGGAGCCCAUACACUGACACGUCUCAGCUCCGAAUCACCAACAUGGUGUACAAGGCCGUUUAUGCCAUUGCACAUGCCAUUCAUAACGCAGUGUGCCACAAAACAAAUUCUACAACUGAGUGUGACAAAUUCACCCGGAUAGAGUCCGAACAGGUUCUUACUCAGCUGAAGACUGUAAGUUUUUCACAAAAUGGUUACGAUGUGUCGUUUGAUGCUAACGGAGAUCCUGUGGCCACAUAUGAGCUGAUCAACUGGCAAAAACGUGAGAGUGGCAGCAUUGAAUUGGUGACGGCAGGACACUACAACGCAUCUCUGCCAGUAGGCCAGGAAUUCCAUAUCAACAGGAACCUCACCUGGGUGGAGGGUAGCACACAAGUGCCCAUGUCAGUGUGCACUGACAGCUGUCCUCCAGGAACUCGCAAAGUGUUACAGAAAGGAAAGCCAAGCUGCUGUUAUGAUUGUAUACCCUGUCCUGAGGGAGAUAUAAGCAACGCUACAGAUUCUCCUGAUUGCUUCCCUUGUCCCCAGGAGUUCUGGCCUAAUGCAGAGAAAAACUCAUGCUUCCCCAAGCCUGUAGAGUAUCUUUCCUACCAUGAGGUCCUGGGGAUCAUCCUGGCUGCGUUCUCAGUUGGUGGUGCCUGUCUUGCCAUGAUAACAGCAGCUGUGUUCUUUCGUCACAAGACGUCCCCGAUUGUCAGGGCCAACAACUCUGAGCUGAGCUUCCUGCUGCUCUUCUCACUGACUCUGUGUUUCCUAUGUUCCUUAACUUUCAUGGGGGUGCCAUCUGUGUGGUCCUGCAUGCUGCGCCACACAGCGUUUGGCAUCACCUUCGUCCUCUGCAUCUCUUGCAUUCUUGGUAAAACUAUUGUGGUGUUAAUGGCUUUCAAAGCAACACUUCCAGGUAGCAGUGUCAUGAAAUGGUUUGGUCCUCCACAGCAGAGGAUGACUGUAGUGUUCUUCACCUUUAUUCAAGUUUUGAUAUGUACUGUUUGGUUGGUUGUUAGUCCCCCUUUUCCAAUGAAAAACCUAACCACAUACAAGGAGAGAAUCAUCCUGGAGUGUGCAUUAGGUUCAGCUAUUGGGUUCUGGGCUGUGCUCGGCUACAUAGGCCUUCUGGCAGUCUUUUGCUUUGUGUUAGCCGUCCUAGCUCGGAAGCUACCUGAUAAUUUUAAUGAAGCAAAGCUUAUAACCUUCAGCAUGCUGAUAUUCUGUGCAGUCUGGCUCACCUUUAUCCCAGCCUAUGUCAGCUCUCCGGGAAAAUUUACUGUGGCUGUGGAGAUAUUUGCCAUUCUGGCCUCCAGUUUUGGACUAAUUCUAUGUAUAUAUGCUCCAAAGUGUUUCAUCAUAUUGUUUAAACCAGAGAAGAACACCAAGAAACACCUACUGAACAAAUAUCAACCCUAGUACAUCUGAGGUUUGGAUAUACAAUGUAUAAGAUGGAAGAAUUUACAGUUUGGUUAAACAGUGCACUAGUUUGUUUGAAUUUU